AUGACAAUUUCCAACGGCAUCAACGGUCACACUAAUGGCCACACAAAUGGCAAUGAGGCUACAAAGAAUGGUACCUUGUUUGCCAAGCCUCACAAAGCGUCCAUAUCGUCCAUCGUUCCAGAGCUUUUCGAGGAUAACAUCACAGCAAAGAUCCUCCAUGCUGCAGAGUCAGGCCUUGUCAACAACAACCCUCCAUUAGCAUACCCCGAGUAUGUACCCCAGACUGGGUCAGAUGCUGGAAAAUACAUCCUUCGUGAGAAGCUCUUCUGGACUUGUGGCUUCUUUCCAGGUUCCAUAUACUCGCUGAUCGAGCGCCUCAUCAAGUAUCCCCAAGCUUCAGCUGGAGAUGCCCAUAAGCAACCACUGCUCAAGCAACUGCUCGAUGUCGGACGAGCUUGGUCUGACCCGCUCCAUGAGUAUGCUCAGAGAACAGAUACCCACGACAUGUCGUUCAUGAUCCAACCAUCUAUGAGAGUCCGUUGGGAGGCUCUGCACGAGUCGACGGCCCUUGAGUCUAUCAUCACUGCCGCGCGCUCACUCUACUCAAGAUACAACGCCAACGUUGGCGCUAUCCGAUCGUGGGAUGUCCUAUCGCAAAAUGGUGUCGAUAUUUCUAGUAUGACAGAUGACUUCCUGGUGAUUAUCGACUCGAUGUGCAAUCUCGAUCUGCUGUACUACGCAGCUGCGCAGACUGGCCAGACUGAAAUGGCUGAAGCAGCGACAGCCCACGCCAAGGCUUUGAUCAAGGCCUUGCUAAGAAAGGAGACCGACGACUCUGUUGGAAGAACCAUGUACAGCACCUUUCACGUUGUCAACUUCGACCCCAAAGACGGAUCUGUCAAGGAGAAGAGAACCGGUCAAGGCUACGCGGCCAACUCAACUUGGGCUCGUGGACAAGCUUGGGGUAUUCUAGGAUACUCACAGACGUACAACUGGACUAAAGACCCCGAGUUUCUGGAUGCAGCUAUUGGUCUAGCUGAAUACUUCAUCUUUAGACUACUGAAGUCCCCAGAUUGUGUUGAAGUCCCCGUCUCUGGAGAGAACCGCACUAAGGGUCGAUACGUUCCUCUUUGGGACUUUGAUGCCCCGGUUGAUAAUUCUGCACCACUGAGAGACUCCUCAGCAGGCAUCAUCGCUGCAAAUGGUAUGCUUGUUCUCUCGCAAGCUCUAGCUGGCAGUGGAUCACCAGACUUGAGUGAGAGGUAUCGAUCAAUGGCGAUUCGAAUCGUCAAGGAUACGCUCGACUUCUCCCUUUCACAGGAAAAGUCGAAAGUUACAUUGGGAUCAGAUGGAAAGUUUGAGGUUCAAGACUUGAAGCCCGAGGCUCACUUCGAGGCUAUUCUAAAGAACGCUACUGCGAAUCACAAUGCCAAAGACUACAAGAGGUAUUGGGAUCAUGGACUGGUUUAUGCGGAUUACUACUUGAUUGAGUUUGGGAAUAGGUUGUUGAAGAUGGGAUUGGUAUAG